UGCUCACAAGACUCUUGACUGCUCUCUGAUGUUUUGGAUUACUUUUGGAAGAAUGUCACUGGUUUACACCAUGAAGGCCAUCUUAAUGAUUCUUCUUGUCACUCUGCACGUGGACAUUCUUGGAGCCAUUUCCUCCAAGGAACAUAUCCGUGAGAAGAGAGCCUGGAUUAUAGACUCAUUCAUCAUUGAGGAAGAACACCCUGGCCCUUUCCCAUAUGUGCUUGGGAAUGUAAAGGUUGAGCGGGAUUACCAAGUAGGAUUUUCACUACAUGGAAAGGGGGUGGAUGAGGAACCUAAGGGCAUCCUUUCCAUUGACAAAGAGACUGGAGUGAUUUAUGUUAAUGGAAAGGUUGACUAUGAGCAGCACCAGAAACUCAAGCUCAUUUUUGAAGCCAAAAAUAUGUCCAACAUGGUGGUAGACACUGUGCUUGGUGUUGAAGUAACCAUAAGUGAUAUAAAUGACCACGCUCCAGAAUUCCAAAUGGAGUUAUAUAAAACUUCACUUGAAGAAUCUACUUCACAAGGACAACAUGUCAUUGUAGUGCUUGCCACAGAUAAGGAUGCAAGAAACAGUCCAAAUUCGACCUUUGAUUACAAUAUUGUCUCUGUGGACCCCCAAACACCUAAUGUAGAGUUCUAUAUUAAAACAAAUGGAGCAAUCUCAUUCAAAGGAUGUUUGGACUAUGAGAAAGCAACAAAAUACACUAUCCUGGUGGAAGCCAAGGACCGUGGUGAGGUGAUACGGCUUUCAAGCACUUGCACUGUCUUGGUUGACAUCAUAGACAAAAAUAACCACCUUCCCACUGUCAUUGGUCGCACAGGAACAGGCAGAGUGCAGGAGGGGAAAUCCGGGCAGGAAGUUCUCCGAUUACAAGCAGAAGAUAGGGAUGCAGAAAAUACCCCGGCCUGGAGAGUAAAAUACAGAAUAAAUGGAGACAACAGAAACUACUUUAAGAUAGAAACGGACCCAGAGACAAAUGAGGGAGUCUUAAGUGUGCAAAAGCCCCUAGAUUUCGAAGAGGGCCCAGAGAGGAACCUGUUCAUCAGCCUGGAGAACGAGGACCCAUACUUCUCCUGUGUGGUGAAAAGAAAGACCAAGACGGAGCUCUGGCAGGUGGUCACUGCUGACGGAACAAGUGGCACAGGCCUGAUCCCUGAGCCUGUCACAGAGAAAGUCAUCAUCGUUGUGGAGGAUAUAAACGACCCACCGGUGUUCACGCAUAAGGUGAAGAGUGUCAUGGUGGAGGAGGACGUGCCGGUUGGACAACUGCUAGAGCAAUUCACUGCUGUGGACAUGGAUCUCAGUUUCAACAAUGAAUUUGAAUACAGUAAAGGUGAUGACCCAGAUAACUGGGUGACUGUGGACCCUAAAACUGGUCAGAUAUCAACGGCAAAGCUCCUGGACAGAGAAUCACCCUAUGUGGUGAACAAUACUUACACUGUAACCUUGUAUGCAAUUUCUCAUGGUGAGACCCCUAUGACCGCGACCGCAACACUCACCAUCCACGUGGAGGACAAAAAUGACAACCUGCCCCAUUUGCUGUCUGAAAUGCUAGACAUGUGCAUGUCAGACGGGCCCACAUUUGCUAGUCUUACCGCCAUUGACUCGGAUGAACCCCCCUACAGCGGACCGUUCCGUUUUGAGCUACUGGGGGACGUCAAGAACAAAUGGCACCUAGACCCAAAUUAUGGAACCACUAUAAACCUUGUGAAGGCCAAUACGGUUUAUGCUGGAGAACAUAAGCUGAUGCUGAAGAUUUAUGACACGCAAGGAGCGUUCUUCAUACAAAACCUCGCUGUUACUGUGUGUGAAUGCUCUGUCGUGCCAAACUGCCAGGUCCGCAGUGCCACCAGCACCCAACUGGGCGGGAGUGCCGUCGGAAUAAUGAUCUGUGCAUUGCUGUUGCUAAUGGGUUUAGUGUUCUUGGUCUUCCUAAUAUCCUGCCGAAGUAAAAAAUCAGCCAUCCAGAUUGACCAAGGCUCUGGAGAGUAUUUGAUUCCAUCCAAUAUUGAGACACCAGGGACUGACUGUAAGAUUCCUUCAACAUUACUCCAAGUAGAUAAAGAAAAAAUUGAGUCAAAUCAUAUUCUAAGCUUGGAAACUGAACCAGUCCAGAUGGCUCAGCAGACCAUGCUACAAUCAAGUUUUCAAGGCCUGUCAAGUUUUUCGCAAAGUGCCAGGCCAACCCAACAGUUCCAACGUGGAAGUUUUAUGUAUAGGAGCUUGCCAAUGCAGUCACAGAGCAGAAGCAGCCAGUAUCAGGGAUCAACCUUCCAAAGAUCAUAUUCAAUAUCCAGAGGAGAUAGUCUCCUCAUGCAAAAUGAAGCCCUGAACUCUUUGCUUGGACAGAGGAUAUUUUCAAUCCAAACACCCGGUCAGGAGCUGUUCCAUUAUGAGCCUCGCGUCUACACCUAUGAGGAGGAUUUAGUGACUGACCCCCAGCUGGAUGCCAUUUCUAUCCCUGAAAGCGAAUUUGCCCCAGACAAGCUCCUGGAGUUAGGACCCCAGUUUAAUUACCUGGCCACUAUCUGCAACUCCACCCCACCAGCACAUUAG